AUGUCAAAACAGUCAAAGAAGAAAACAGAAAAGCAGACAAACAAGAAAACUCAGAAUGAGAAGAAGAACCAAGACUUACAAGAGCCAGAGAUCGAUCAAAGCUACUUGGAACCAGAACAAGAAGAAGAAGCCGACGAGGAACGGGAUGACAACAACAAAUCAACUAAAAAAUCAAAACGGAAACAGAAACAGUCAACAACCGAACAGGAAGAAACACUCAACAACAGUACAACAACAACAACAACAACACCGCUCCAUCAAGCCGCCAGCAAGGACCCGGUAGCCGCAAUGACUUCAACCGAUGAACCUGAAGCCUAUCCGAGCGAAUUCAGCUCACUAGAUCUAUCCCCGCCAACCGCAAAAGCCAUCCAAGACAUGGGAUUCACCAAGAUGACCGAAGUUCAGGCUAGGACGAUCCCACCCCUGAUGACCGGAAGAGACGUACUCGGUGCGGCCCGAACUGGUAGUGGGAAGACCUUGGCCUUCCUCAUCCCCGCCGUCGAAAUGCUCAGUAGACUCCAGUUCAAACCUAGGAACGGUACCGGCACGAUCAUCGUCUCUCCUACUAGAGAACUGGCCCUCCAGAUCUUUGGUGUCGCCCAAGAACUCAUGAAACAUCAUAGUCAAACCUUCGCCAUUGUCAUCGGUGGCGCUAAUCGGAAAGCAGAAGCUGAAAAAUUGGUCAAAGGAGUCAAUCUAUUAAUCAGUACUCCUGGUCGAUUAUUAGAUCAUCUUCAGAAUACCAAAGGAUUUGUGUUUUCAAACCUCAAAGCAUUAGUGGUUGAUGAGGCCGAUCGGAUCUUAGAGAUUGGAUUUGAAGAUGAGAUGCGACAGAUCAUCUCAUUACUCCCAUCCGAGAACCGCCAAUCGAUGUUAUUCUCGGCCACUCAAACAACCAAAGUCCAAGACCUGGCACGCAUCUCACUCCGCCCCGGACCACUCUACAUCAACGUCGAUGCCGACAAACAGGAGGCCACCGUCCAGGGACUCGAACAGGGCUAUGUGGUCUGUGAUAGCGACAAACGAUUCCUCUUGCUCUUCACCUUCUUGAAGAAAAGUCUCAAGAAGAAGGUCAUCGUCUUCUUCUCUAGUUGUAACUCGGUCAAAUAUCAUGCCGAAUUACUCAACUAUAUCGACAUCCCUGUCUUGGAUCUUCACGGCAAACAAAAACAACAAAAACGAACAAACACGUUCUUCGAAUUCUGCAAUGCAACGACUGGGAUCUUACUAUGUACGGAUGUAGCCGCCCGAGGAUUAGAUAUCCCUAAAGUAGACUGGAUCAUCCAAUUCGAUCCGCCCGAUGAUCCGCGUGAUUAUAUCCAUCGGGUCGGUCGGACCGCGCGGGCGGGCAAAUCUGGACGGAGUCUGUUGUUCUUGUUGCCCAGUGAAUUGGGAUUCCUCAGGUUCCUCAAAAUGGCUAAGGUCCCACUAAAUGAAUACAGCUUCCCUAUGGAUAAAUUGGCUAACGUUCAAGGACAACUCACCAAGUUGAUUUCGAAGAAUUAUUAUUUACAUCAAUCGGCGCGAGAUGGAUUUCGAUCGUAUAUCCAAUCAUAUGCCUCGUAUAGUUUGAAGAAGAUCUUUGAUGUGAACAAGCUGGAUUUAAACAAAGUCGGGCAAGCGUUUGGCUUUAGUGUCCCCCCGGCGGUGAAUAUCCCAAUGGGAUCCUUAAAGAAUACCGAGAAUAAGAAACACAAGCGGGACGAAACAGAUGGGAUGCAAACAACGGGGGUUGAAGGUGGACAGGAGAACGAAGAAGAAGAUGAUCAAGAUCAGGAUCAAGAAGGUCCGGCCCAGAAAAAACUCCUCGUCAGGAGACCUAGCAAUGCUAAUCGUCGUAAGGAACAACUCGGAAGUAAAGCACUCGCGAAAGAACUUUAUCGCUCAAAUGGAUCCCGCUCUAAUCCUUCUUCAUCUGAUCGUAAACAAUGGUCUCGGUGA